AUGGGUAGAUUUAAGAAACACUUCGAGAAUCUAACACAACGGACAAAGAAGAAUACCAAGACUGAUGGAGCACAUGGAGACUUCCAUGAUGUCUCUUCGACCGCAGAGUCAAAUGUGUCUGACCCUUCUGAAUUAUCGAUUGCGGCAAACCAUGUAAAUCCUUCUGGCCCUGCUGAAAACCUUGACAAGCUCUCCAAGCCUGCUUCACUGAAUUGCAAUGCCACUACGGUCUCAAGUCUUCCUGAAUCCCGCCAGCCCGAGCAGAGCAUACCUGACUUAUCGUCUUCUGAGACGACUCCAACCUCGUUAAUUGACAGCCAAGAUCCCUGGGCUUUGGCAUAUGAAAUCUUGCAGAAACGAGAGCCGAAGUUGGUCGAAGAUUACCAGACGCACUUGAGUUUCGUGCAGUGCAACAGCUCAGUGGAAGCAGUGGAAGUGGGCGCAGAUCUUUCGAAUCCGCGGUCAGUCGAGUCAGUGAUGACGCAGUUGCUGGAAGACCGGGAGAAGAAGCAGUGGCAAGUCUCACUUCUGGGAAAGGAUGUGAAGAUACGAGAACAAACCGAAAAACUGGCUAAGUUUCUCCUCUGGGCCGACCCAGUCGUGAAGAACGCCGUUAGUACUCAACCAUAUGCAGCGUUGGCAUGGGCUGGUGUCUCGUUGCUUUUACCUCUACUUUCAAGCAGUACCACUGCCAAUCUGGCGAUGCUCAAAGGCUUUGAUUCAAUCCACGAUAUUCAGAUGCUCUGGAACAUCUGCGAGAAGAGAUACCUACAGUCCGAGCAUAGGGAUGAGUAUCAAGAUCUCAUCACCCCCCUUGCUACACUCUACUCUCAUAUCAUCGAAUACCAAGCACGUGCUAUCUGUCAUUCCUCUAAAGCCCAACUCUCCCGCGCAUGGAAGAACAUAGCCGGUGAAAGCGAUUGGGAUGAAAUGAUAUCAAAAAUCAAGCAAUCAAGCGAGACUUGUAGCUCCCAUCUCCCUUAUCUCGAAUUAGAGGAGAAUCGCAAUCACCGAGAUCGUCAGCUGCAGGAGAUGAGAGAGUCUCGGACUAUUCUUGAUGAGAUUUGCAAUGUCCUAAAAGCGGACACAAGUCGGACCCAGAAGAAUUAUGAAGACCAGAACGAGCGAGAUCUUCUUCAAACACUUACGUCCGACUACGAAGAUGACAAGAGUUAUAAUCCACUGAGAGUCCCAGGCACAUGCGAAUGGUUCUUUCAGGGUAACGAAUUUCGAAACUGGCGCGACAGCGACAGUUCUAGUCUUCUGUGGAUUUCCGCCGGCCCUGGUUGUGGAAAGUCGGUAUUAUCGCGGACUCUUAUCGAUGAGAACCGGCUUUCUACAAACAUCACGACAUCAACAAUCUGCUAUUUCUUUUUCAAGGAUGGAGAUGAGCGUCGUGUGUCAGCUACCAAUGCUUUGUGCGCAUUGCUUCACCAGCUUUUCACCCACGAUCCGACGGGCACACUGAUCCAAAAUGCAGUCAUCAGCCACAAAAAUCACGGUACGAAUCUAGCACAGAACUUCUCCGAACUGUGGCGUCUUUUUAUCCAAUGUGUCAGCUCGCCAGAGCUUGGAGAGGUGGUUUGUGUCCUUGAUGCCCUGGAUGAGUGCAAUGUUGAUAGCAUGCGGCAAUUACUCGGUAAUCUGAAGGAGCUCUACUCGAAACGCCAACUUUCAUCCUCAACCUCAAAACUGAAGUUCCUGAUCACGAGUCGCCCUUAUGAUAGUUUGGAGGCGUCGUUUCAUGAUUUCCCUGAUACAAAUGCUUUUUUGCAUUUUGACGGAGAUGAUAGGUCUGCCGACAUCAGCAACGACAUAGGUCUGGUUAUCGAUGCAAAACUACAGAACUUCGCCCGAAACUUUCGGGAGAGCGACCGUCAAAUGAUUUCCAAUCAGAUCAAGGGCAUGAAGAAUCGCACUUACCUCUGGCUACACCUCACAUUCGACAUCAUUGAGCAGAGCCCAAGUGAGUAUAAGCGACGAUCCGAUAUCAAAGAACUCCUCUCCGAGCUACCUUCGGAGGUCUCAGACGCAUAUGAAAAGAUCCUAGACCGGAGCAGGAACGAGGUUCAGACAAAAACUCUUCUUGAAAUUGUUUUGGCUGCAGCACGACCUCUAUCACUUGAUGAAGCCAAUAUAGCCCUGACGAUGGCUUUGGAAAAGGAUGGUUUCGAUUCUUACGACGAUCUGGAGGCAGAUUUAUGGCCAAGAGAUGACUUCAAAAGCGUCGUGAAAAAUCUAUGCGGUCUCUUCAUCAAUGUGUACGAUUCGAAGUUGUUUUUCAUUCAUUUGACAGCGAGAGAGUUUCUCACUGAUCCCCUUCAAAGUGGAAAGUGGAAGGGACGGCUGAGUAUGACACAGUCACACACGAAGAUGGCGCUGCUGUGUCUAUCAUACUUGCCACAUCUAGAUUGGCAAGGAUCGGCGAAGGAAACCAGGGCGAAGUUUCCGUUGGCUCAGUACUCAGCCCAGCAUUGGAUGGAUCAUUCACGACCUACGGAGACAGAGGAGGAAGUUCUGGCAAGUGUCGAGAGGUUUUUCGUUCAACAAAAUACAGCAUACGCAGAUUGGUUGAACCUCUUUGACCCAGAUAUCCCUUCAAAAAAGGAGCCGCAGCAAGCUCGAAGCUACAAAAUAGGGACUCCACUAUAUUAUGCAUCAUUUUUCGGUCUCCAACAAACAGCACAACGCCUAUUAGCCAAGGGCGCGGAAAUCAACGCACCGGGCGGCCUAUAUGGAAAUGCACUCCAUAGGGCUUCCGCUGCCGGCCACGAAGGGAUUGUGCAGCUGCUAUUAGCCAAGGGCGCGGACAUCAACGCGCCGGGCUUUUUUGGAAAUGCACUCCAGAGGGCUUCCUCUGCCGGCCACGAAGGGAUUGUGCAGCUUCUAUUAGCCAAGGGCGCGGACGUCAACACACUGGACGGAUUUAAUGGAAAUGCACUCCAGCAAGCUUCCGCUGAAGGCCACGAAGGGAUUGUGCAGCUACUAUUAGCCAACGGCGCAGACAUCAACGCGCCGGGCUUUUUUGGAAAUGCACUCCAGAGGGCUUCCGCUGCCGGCCACGAAGGGAUUGUGCAGCUUCUAUUAGCCAAGGGCGCGGACGUCAACGCACCGGACGGACUUAAUGGAAAUGCACUCCAGCAAGCUUCCGCUGAAGGCCACGAAGGGAUUGUGCAGCUACUAUUAGCCAACGGCGCAGACAUCACCGCGCCGGGCUUUUUUGGAAACGCACUCCAGAGGGCUUCCGCUGCCGGCCACGAAGGGAUUGUGCAGCUGCUAUUAGCCAAGGGCGCAGACGUCAACGUACCGGGUAAGUAUGGAAGUGAACUCCAGCGAGCUUCCGCUGAAGGCCACGAAGGGAUUGUGCAGCUGCUAUUAGCCAAGGGCGCGGACAUCAACGGGCAGGGUGGCGAGUAUGGAAAUGCACUCCAGAAUGCUUCCGCUAGAGGCCACGAAGGGAUUGUGCAGCUGCUAUUAGCCAAGGGCGCGAACAUCAACGGGCAGGGUGGCGAGUAUAAAAAUGCACUCCAGGAUGCUUCCGCUGAAGGCCACGAAGGGAUUGUGCAGCUACUAUUAGCCAAGGGCGCGGAUAUCAACGCGCAGGGCGACUUUUAUGGAAAUGCACUCCAGGCUGCUUCCGCUAGAGGCCACGAAGAGAUUGUGCAGCUGCUAUUAGCCAAGGGCGCGGACAUCAACGCCCAGGGUGGCGAGUAUAGAAAUGCACUCCAGGCUGCUUCCGCUGGAGGCCACAAAGGGAUUGUGCAGCUGCUAUUAGCCAAGGGCGCGGACAUCAACGCCCAGGGUGGCGAGUAUGGAAAUGCACUCCAGGCUGCUUCCGUUGGAGGCCACAAAGGGAUUGUGCAGCUGCUAUUAGCCAAGGGCGCGGACAUCAACGCGCAGUCCAUCGUCAACCCCCAAGCGCCUCUCUACUUGACACGCCAUCCUCACCAGCGCCUCUCUCCACGACGCGCCAACCGGCCAGGCCAGACACCCAUCUACAAACGCAUAUCUCCCAGCAGCAGUUUCGCAGAGCCUAAGCUCUUAGAGCUCGUUCCAAUCCUUACCGGCGAAACUAACUUCGCAUCGUGGUCAACUGCACUUAAGUACGCUCCCGGCACUCGGGAUCCUACUUUUUUGAGAUGCUCACCGGCAAACAACCUCAAUCCCGUCAACGCCAAAUCAGCGAGCGCGGUCAACGUUCUGGCCCCAGUUCCGGCCACCAACCCCGCUACAACCAAUGCCGUCACCGGCAACCCCUUCAUACGUUACAACAACCUUUUCAACAACCGAGGUUCAACAAGAACAUUUUAG